AUGGCUGGCACGGGAAUGGAAAGGGACCCAGGGGACAUGAAGGUCACAGCACGGUCCCCUCCGGAGAAACCAGGAGUCGCACCCCGCCUCGGGCCGGGGUGCCCGACCGGCCCGGAGACUCGGCUCGCACGCGCCGGCGCGCCCCUUCCACGUCCCCGCCGAACCCACGGGCACGCCGCCCGAGGGGCAGGAGCCCCUGGAGGACCACGCGCCGCCGCCCGGGCGCGUGCUCGGCAGCCCUUCCCGGAGUCCUCACCUGGCCGCCGGGUGUCGCCGCGCGGGAAGAAGCAGAGGCUGCUGCAGACAACGAGGGCGAGCGUCAGACCAAAAGGACCACACGCUGCAAGUCCCAGAGCUCUUCUCCUCGCCCCCUGCUCCGACUUCCUGCCCAGCUCGGAGGCCCCGCCUACGGCCCAGCCCGGGCCCGCCUCCUCCGUGCCGCCUCGCCAUUGGCCCGCCGCGCCGUCACUCAGGCCCUCGCCACGGCGAAAGGGACGGGCCUAUGGCCGCCGAGGCGGCGGGGACGGAGGGACGACGACCCGAGGAGAUGGGGCGGGGCUGGGGGGGCUCCGUCUCCCCCUCGGCUGUGUGGGGGUGCGGGCGAGCCCUGGUCCCGGCCGACCUCCGCUCCUGCCCCACGCGGGGGCUCUCGGGCCAAGCAGGGUCUGCGGCCCGGGGGCGGGGCGGCGCGGCCGGCAUGAGGGCUCGGGGCUCCGUCACGUACUUCGAGUCCCGCACGCACGCAGCGUCGCUCCGGCGCUGCACGUCCGGCCCACGACCUUGGUGACGACCUUCGCGGCCCGCCCUGCCCACCCCUCCCCGUCCCCCGUCCGUCGUCCCUCAGCGUGGUGCCGGAGACCCCGUCGGCCUAGAGACGUUGGCGGCCGCGCGGGCCGACCCCAGUCCCAGGCCCCAGGGCCGCGUGCCGGGGGCCACGUGCGCCCUCCCGCGCCUGCGCGCUGCGCCCCUCGCCGCGCCCCGCCGCGUCCCGGCCGCCCGCCGAGGUGACCCCGUCCUUUUGUCCUUGUGCGUGGAUCAGACAUGAGUGUCAGGGCCAGGUGGCUGCGAGGAAGUUCGCUUUUCUUUAACUACAGUUCUUAAGGUUGUCACUUGAAGGGAGGCCCAGGGCAGCUGGAGCUGCGGGGGUGAAGACAUCCUGGUCUGCAGCCAGCAGAGGACUCCUGCCUGUCGACCAGGCCGCCAGCACUGCUCGAGGCCGGAGUGCAGGACCCUGGAGCGGCCCCAUUACAAAAUGCCAGUCACUGGGAAGGAAGGAGCAGGCAGGUCAUGCGGGCGUGCGCUCCGGAUGGAAAAGCAGGAGCCAAGUUCUUCCUUCAGAAGGGGGAGGCCCUUGUGAUUCACUGAGAGUGGGGUUUCCGUGGAGGCUUCCCAUGGACCGCAGAUAAUGAGAACAUUCUCCCUCUACCUAUCACAGAUAGGUUACUGAGGCCGUAUUACCUACCAGGUUAGCUCAUUUCAUCCUGCCGACAAGUGUGAUCAUCUCCACUUCUCAAAGCACGAAGAGGCUGCCUGACUUGCCCAAGCCUGCAGCUAGUGAAUGCAGGCGCCAGGGGCCCAACCCAGGCAGCCUGACUCCCAGCCCUCGCCCCCAACUGCUCAGCAUCUGCUCCUCCGAGAUGAAGUUCACCUCGUCUGUGGAUUCAAAUGAGGGGCCACAACACUACACUUAGUCCCUUAGUUUGCAUAUCUACCCUGGGACCAUAACCAUACACGGAAUUUCAUUGUAGCAGCUUCAGGAUUUGAGAAACAUCAGGAAGCCUUCAUAUCUGCUUGAAACUGUAUUCUCUCUAGGCCAGGCUUGUGGCUGGAAAGAGAAAGCAGCUUGCAGAGUCAGAGUGUCAGUUACAUUGUAUUGCAAUUCAAGUUCCAAUUACAAAACGUCCCCAACCCCACACUGGUGAUAGAAUUUUGUGGCAUUUCCUAAACAAGGGUACAAAGUUUCCCACAAAAAGUUUUCCGUGAACUUUACAGUUCCCAUGAAGCGAGGUCCUGGACCUCCUGCGUUGGAAUUCCCUGACUGAUCCUGUUUUUCAGUUGUUGGUGUGCAUCCUGACGGUGAGGAGAAGGCUGAGGAGAGCAGGAGUUCAGCACAGCCUGUCAGAGCCUGUUAGCAUAUUCCUGUGGCUACAAGAGAAACGCAGACUGGGCAGGUUUAUAACUGGCUGCGUGGGGCUCCUAUGGGGCUGAUGUCAACCUGAAGGCUGGCUUCUAGAUGGGGUUAGUGAGGACAUGCUGCUGAAAGCGCUCAGAUCGUCAGAGCUGGGCAGGACAGCUGCGCCCUUGAGUGGCUGACAGGAUUUGCACCAGACAGGCCAGGCAAGGUGCCAAGCUGAUAAACUGCCACCUUUUGAGGGGCUUCUGCCACACCCACAGCUGGUGUGGAAGGAUUUCUCAGGCCUUUACCACCUAACACAACUGGCUGGACCCAGGAUCGGUACCAAAGAUGCCACUGAGGUGGCCUGGCCCGAGAACUCUGCCCAGUAGGAGCAUGUCACAAAGAGCUGUGGGUGACUGGCCCACCAAGGUUGGAUUCAGGAUCUGGAAGCAGAAGCCGUGAGGCUGAAAAGCGAGGGAACAGACUCGGCGAGGCGGGGCAGCACGGUGUCCUUGGCUGGGUGCUGUGGGGGAAGUAGGUGUGGCUCCACAGAGGGGCCGCUGGGCACUGAGCUCCGGAUCCCGAGCUGUGGUGACGUUUCCUUCUCAGGAGGCUGUGACGUCCAGCUGCCCCGAUUCCUGCCUCCCUGCUCUCCUGGGGUCCCUCCAGGAAGCCCCCAUAGCUGAGGAACCCAUGCGAGUCUUAUGCUUUGCAAUCUAAGAGAGCCCAUCUUGACCAGUUGGAAUGAAGGCCCAAAUCUGACUCCCUGAAAAGAGAAAGAGAGUCCACAAACGGGAAAAGAGUGAUUCAAAUGGGUCACUGCAGUGUUUAUUGAGCCCCUGCUGUGCACCAGGCACUGGGUGUAGCAAGGCAAAAACUAAACAAAACAGAGCCUUAACCUCAAGGAACUUACCUUCUAAUGGGGGGGAGGAGGAAGGCAGACAGUAUUAAAAUAGAUGUGACUUUACACAUGGCCAGCGUCAGAGGGGACGUUUGAGCAGAGACCUGCUGAAAUGAGUCGCUGGGAAGAGCGUUCCAGAGGGAGGCUAGUAUGUCUGAGGAGUUGAGAGAGACCGGUGGGCCAGAGCUGGGGGCUGGGGGAGCGUGCAGGACCCGAUGCCGUGGCCGGGGGGGUCGGGAUGGUGAGGGCAAUGCAGAGGCCUGUGCACUUCACCCUGAGUGAGAGGAGGGCCUGGGGGUUCUCAGCAGAGGAAUGCGCGCUCUGCCUUCCGUUUUUGAAGGCUCACUCCGGCUGCUGUUGAAGCGAGACUGAAGAGCAUGUGUCAGUUAUCUGGUGCUCCCUGACAAGCCCUCCCCAAAACUUAGUGGGUUAAAACAGCAGCCAUCUUCUUUGCUCCUGAUCCUGUGCGUGGACUGGGGCUCAGCCACAGUUCCUCUGUUGGCCUCACUCGGAGUCCCUCGUGUGAAGCUUUCAGGCGGGAGCCUGGUGGAACCAGCACAUCCAGGAUGGCCUCUGCCUUGGUUUUGUGGGACUGCCAUAACAAAUUACCACAAAUCCGGGGGCUGAAAACAACAGAAACUUAUUCCCUCUCAGUUCUGGAGGCCGAAAGUCUGAAAUCCAGGCGUUGGCAGAGCUGCUUCCUUCUGGAGGCUCCGAGGGAAACUGCGGUCCUUGCCUCUCUCCGGCUUUGGGGGUGGCCACCAAUCCUUGGUGUGCCUUGCCUGACACCUGCGUCACUCCUAUCUGACUCAGUGGUCACAUGUGUUCUCCCUGUGUGUCUCUGUGUCUCUGUGUCCACAUUUCUCAUUUUUUAUGAGUGACAGUCACACUGGAUUUAAGGUCCACCCUAAUCCAGUGUGACCUCCUCUUACUUUGAUUACAUGUGCAAAGACCCUAUGUCCAAAUAAGGUCACAAUCACAGGUUCUGAGUGGACAUGAAGUUUUAGGGGACACUAUUCAACACAGGACAGCCUCUCAUUUUGCAGGAUAUCUCCCACAGCCUCUCAUCGUUCAGUAGGCUAGCCCCGGAGUUGACAAACUAUGGCCCACGGGCCAAAUCUGUUUCUGUAAAUAAAGGUGUAUUGGAACACA